AUGCAUGAGGGGGAACUCAAAAGGGGAUUUUUGUCACACAUUGUAAGAAAGUAUGGAAUUUACAGAAGCACAUCACAAAGGGUCUGGAAAUUUGUUAAGGAAAGCAUAGCUCAAGGGAAUGUAAUUGAUGUCAGAAGCAGAAAACUGGGCAAAACUGGUCCAAAACCUAGGGACAUAUCAGAUGAGUUCUUGCAAUCUGUGCCUUUGUACAAAAGGACAACAGAGAGGAGCUAUGCAGCUGCUCUCAAAAUCUCCCAUGGAUUUCUCCACAAGCUAAAGAAAAAGGGCAGAUUAAGAACACAUACAGCAGCAAACCAUUCAGCACUCACAUCUAAUCACAAAGUGGCAAGGCUGAAGUGGGCACUGGGGCACAUUCAUCCCAUUCCAGCAGUUGGAAAUCCAACUUUUAUUGACAUGCAACAGGAUAUUCACAUUGAUGAGAAAUGGUUCUACAUGAACCCUGAAACUAGGAGGUUCUAUCUUUUACCAAAGGAAGAAAACCCAUACAGAUGUCAGCAAUCAAAGAGGUAUAAAAUCAAAGCAAUGUUCAUGGGGGUCAUUGGCAAACCAUUGUAUGACAGCAAUGGAAACAUGCUACAUGAUGGGAAGUUUGGUAUUUUCCCAUUCAUCUACCAACAGAGGGCAAAGAAGAAAAGCAAGAACAGAGAUACAGGGGUAUUGGAAACUAAGGCAACAGAGAGUGUGAACAAGGAAGAAAUCAGGAAGAUGUUGUUGAACAAUGUUAUACCAGCAAUCAAAAGACAAUGGCAUCCAAGUCUUCCUAAAGAUAUUAACAUCUAA